CGUUGCCGAUGCGAUGAAAGAGGGUAUUCUGGACCCAGAAACCGGAAGAUUUAUAACUGCAAGUGGGGAAAAAAUUGCAAUUGAGGAAGCUUACUCCAGAGGUUAUCUAGCGAGAAUAAAUACUACCGUGAAUAUUAAAAGAGGAGCGGUCGCGUUGUCAGAUGCGAUAUCACAAGGAUUGUUUGAUGACAGAGCGGGUCGGGUCGUUGAUAGAAAUACGGGAGACAAUUAUCUACUAGAUGAGGCGAUUGCUAAAGGAAUCAUAGAUUCGGAAAUCCGGGAGGUGGUCAAUACACGAAACGAUACUAAAGUCACAGUUUCUGAAGCGAUAGGACAAGGUCUUUUAAAUCCGAAAUCCGGCAAAUAUUUGGACGAUAAGUCAAUGGAGAAACUUUCACUAAAAGAGGCGCGAAGAAGGCAACUCAUUAUGAAACCCCUAACGCUUAAAGAUUGUACUGAUCUAGAGAUCAUUGAUGAAAAUGGAAAAAUCGCUAGUCCAGCUUAUCAAACAAAAUUGGGUAUUCUCGAAGCGAUUUCGAGAGGUGUUUUAGAUUCGGAUUGUAUAAAGUCAGUUUCGGAUACAAGAAGUGGUGAGUUUCUUACACUUUCUGAUGCUUUAGCUUGCGGAAUUAUACAACCGGAAGGUAAAUACAGAGACGCUUCUACGGGAAGGGUGCUGACGAUUCCUGAGGCUGUGGAUAAAGGUUUGAUAACCUCGGUUUCGCAGAAGUCUAUAUUUGAUAUUGACGGGUUUAAGGACCCUGUUUCUGGGGAAUUGAUCAGUUUGAAUGCAGCUUUACUAAAGGGACUUGUUAGUCCAAAAGCUGGGGGGUCUUUUGUUGUUGAUUUGAAAACUGGGAAAACUUUGUCGUUGAAUGAAGCAACAGAAGAAGGCCAUGCUAGACCCGAGGUGAUGGAAAUGUUAAAUAGAGGAAUAGGAGUUACAGAGAGAGGAAGGGAAGUGAGUGUGAUAGAAGCAGUUUUACUUGAACUACUUGAUCCUAAAACAGGACAACUGCUUGAUCCUAGAACUGGAAAAACAGUGCCUUUAGAAGAAGCGAUUAGGCGAGGUUUGAUAACACCAGACGGUGCUGCUUUACUCGCUAGCUUGUUAAAUAUUACGGUAACUACACAAACGAUGACGAAGACAAUAAAGAAGUACGUCACUAUUACAGAAUCUGGUGAAACCAUCACGAGGGAUUAUAAAAUAUCCUACGCAGAAGCAAUUUCUAAAAAUCUCUUAGAUGAAAAAACUGGAGAGUUUUUUGAUCCGGAUAGUGGAAGAGUUAUGAGUAUUCAAGAUGCAGUUAGGGAAAGUUUGGUAGGAGAGCUUUCUGACAGUCAGGUUGAGAAGUAUUCGCUGAAAAGAAUGAAGGAACCGAAGCAGAUGUUGUUUGAAACGACUGUUGUGCGGGAAAUUGGCGGAGUUGAGAAACCAAGAGAUGUUUCUCCUCCUAAAGCAAUAGGGACGACUACUACUAUCAUUAGUCGGGAAAUUGUUUCACCCUCAAGAGAUGAUUCAGUCGAUUCUCCUUUAUCUGUCAUUUCUGAAGCUUCCGUAUCCAUUUCCCCAUCUGAUUCUACGGGGCAGAGAUACAAAACUAGUACGGUUUUGGAGUUCAGAGAGUCUAGAGAAAGCUCAGUACCUACCAGGGAAAGUUCUGUAUCGCUGAAUAAAUCUGGUUCCGUUUCUCCAACAAGGGUAUUAAUUUCUAGCGCCGCUUCGAAAUCAAGUUCAUCUCCUUUAGAUGAAGAUUACAGAUCAAUUCCUGACGAAAGUUGUCCAGUGCCAAUGGAAUUUGAAUAUACUGAUCCCUCAGUUAAGAAUGAUAAGUGGGAAUCUGCGAAAUUUAUAGAACACGAAUCUGCAGACAAGAGUGCUUUUGAAAUACCAGCAGAUGGAUGGAUGCUCAAGGAAGUUCUCGACAGGAAGCUGUUUGAUUCUGAUAGUGGAAUGUGUAUGAUUCCUGGCACCGAUAGGUUAGUAUCCUUUGAAGAAUGUGUGAAACUAAGAAUAAUCAAUCCCAACUCAGCUAUUGUUGUCGAUCCGAAUAAUGGAAGGAAAGUUUCUCUUCUGAGAAGUCUUGAUAAAGGAAUUCUUGAUUCAACAGGUCACUAUACGUAUCCUCAAAAAAUAACGAUGAAAGAAGCCGUAGCAGAAGGAUGUGUAAUUCUUGAAGAAAGAAUCCUCGAAAUUGAAUCUUUAUCUCCUAGGUUGCUUCAAAUUACAAAAGUUCGUGGUGAACCAGACAAAGUCGAAAUUUCAAGUAUUGACGAUCCUACAAUGCAUGCAGAAGUCAAGACUUCAGAGAAUGAAACUAUUUUAGAUCCAGUGCAAGUUAAACAGGGAGUAAUUUACGAUCCAGUAACUGCCUUGGUAAUUUUCACAGAGUCUGGAGAAUCCGCUGAUCUUUUAACUGCUAUCAACGAAGGUGCUUUACAGCCUGAUGUUGUUGUAGUUAAAGAUCCACGAACUGGCAGAGAAAUUGGAGUAAAAGAUGCUAUUAGGGAAGGUAUAUUGGAUUCUGGUGAAGGCAGCUAUAAAGAUAAAAAUGGAAAAGGUAUGUCCUUAGCUGAUGCGACAAAAUUAGGUCUCGUGGCUGUUUUAGGAGCUCCUCUUGUAGCAGCAGCUGCAGCUGUCGAAGCUGUCAGAAAAGCAAUGAUUGAAGAUCCACGAACUGGUGAGAAAAUUCCUCGCGAAGUUGCAAUCGAACGAGGGCUCGUUAAGCCUGAUAAGGUGAUCAAAUCUACUUCCAUAAUCGUGAGAGAUCCUGAAACCGGAAAAGAAAUCCCAGCUAAAGAAGCUUUUGAGAAAGGUAUAAUUACCCCAGAAGAGCUUCAACAAGCGAUAAAUCUUCCUGAUUCGAAAGAAAGUAUCAAGGUUCCUGAAAAGAGUCAUAUAUUCCUUGAUGAAGGUGACGAAACAGGUCCUUCCUUAGGAGAAAAGACAAGAUCUCGUGUAACAACUGAACCGAAAUACAAGGUCACAAUUGGAAGAGCGAGAUCUCUAUCUCGAAGUCCUGAAAGGGAAGCGAAACCAAUUGUUCUUCAGAGGAUGAGAAAAAAAAUAGUCAGACCCAAGGAGGCUUUAGAGACAGGUUUAAUGGACAGAGAAACUGCUAAAGUUCUCGAGACAAAACUUUCCGGUAAUGAUGGGGAGCCUCUGACUUUAUCAGAAGCUAUCAAGGAACAUAAAAUAGAUGCAGAUAGUGGAAAGAUUGUAGAUCCACAAAGAGGCGAACCUUUGACAAUAAAAGAAGCAUUGCAGCGUGGAAUUUUAGAUCCAGAAAGUGCAGAUAUGCUAGUUCCUGUAGCUAAGAGUAUUUCUAUUCCUGAUUUAUACAAACAAGGCCUGAUAGAUCCACAGGAAGGUAAAAUCAUUCAUCCAGAAACGGGAGUCGCACUUAAUUUGAAUGACGCGAUAGUUUGCGAAAUUUUGGAUCCCUGUUCCAAGCUUGCGGAUCCUAGUGGGAAGCAAGUAACAAUCGAAAGUGCCAUUUUGAACAAUAUAAUUGACCCAGAUAGUUCUAUAGUUCAAACUCAAAACGGUGAGAUGACAUUGGUUAAGGCAGUGGAAGCUGAUGUCUUUGAUGCAGAAGACACAAGGAAUCUAACAGAAAUUCCUCCAGCAGGUAUGACAUUCUCUGUAGCCUUGAAACGAGGUCUUGUGGAUGCCAAAAGGAAAAACAUCACUCAUCCAAUAACUGGCGAGCUCUUGUCUCUUGAAGAAGCGAUACAGACAGAUUUUAUAAUGGCCUUACCCUAUCCAGCAGCACCUGAUAACAUAGAAGUAACAAAAGCUCUUGACUCUGGUCUUAUAGACCAAAAGAAAGGCGUAUUAUAUCAUCCGAAGACCGGCGAACAAAUUCCUGUUAGUGAAGCCGUAGAAUCGGGUCUACUUGUUAUUAAAUCCCAACCUGAAAAUAUGGGAACUAUAAAAGCUGUUGCGGAAACUAUAACUUCUUAUCAUACAAUUAAAACAAAGACUGUUGAACUCGCAGCUGGUUUUGUGCUUGUGAGUCCUACUGAAGUUCAAGAUGUCAAUACGGGUCAAACAAUACCAAUGGAAGAGGCAAAGAAAAAAGGUAUUGUUAGAGAUGAAUCAGAAACUAAAGAAGAAUUUACAACAAGGGAUAUCAAGAUGACAUUUAGUGAUGCUGUUGAGCAAGGAUUAGUAGACAUGGCCGCUGGAACCUACACGGAUCCCAAUUCGGGAGCAGUGAUGCCAAUCGCUGAGGCUGUUGAGGUGGGAAUUCUUGAUACUUCCUUGCCUGUUAGUGAUCUUGGUACUAGUACUAGAAGGAAUAGUUCCUUUACUGUUUUGGAAGCAUUCCAGCAAAUUUACGAUGAGAAGACUGAGAAAUUCCAUGAUCCUGCUAGUCAGAAGUCUUACAACCUCACGGAAGCGAUAGAUGCUGGUCUUAUUGAACCAGACGCAGUUGUUUAUGAUGUAAAGUCUGCAGAAUCUGUCACUACUAAAGAAGCAGUGAAGAAGGGCUUGCUUCACCCAAAAACAGGGAAAUUGAAGGAUAGAAGUGGAGGUUCUAUGUCAGUUGCUGAUGCAGCUAAAUUAGGUUUAUUAGCUGUUGUUGCCGCUCCGAUUUUAGCUGGUAAAGCUGUGAUUGAUGCUGUUAAGAGUAAAAAGAGUUCUGGAGAAGUUAAAAUUAGUCCUUCAGUUCCUCCAAGAGCUUCUAAAGUACAAUUUUCUACACCAGAAGUUUCUAAACUAGAAGUUUCUAAGCCACAAGUUGCCAAGAUAGAAACUUCUAAACCAGAAGCUUCUAAGAGACAAUUACCUAUAAAAGAAAUUUCCAAAAAAGAUCUACCUAUCAAAGAAGUUCCUAUAAAAGCAUCCAGUCCUCUACAAACGAAAGAAAACGGAAAAACUGAUGAGACCAUUAUGCAGAUUGAAGAAACUGAUCAAGUUCAAGAAGAAAUAGAAUCAACGAUAGUCACAACAAUUCAGGAAGCUAUUGAAAAUGAAAGAAUUGAUCCCAGAAUUUGUCGGGUUAUCAUUCAGGGAAGGGAAUUGCCGUACACAGUUCAUGAAGCUCUUCAAGAAGGUCAAAUCGGUUUCACGGAAACGAUUGAGAUUCUUUCGAAGACGCAAGUAAGCAUAUUAGACGAUAGGCCGCGAUUCAAAAUUCCCAUAAGUCAAGAUCUAACACCAGAGGACCUUGCAGAGUUGGGUGCAUUUGAUUUAGAAGCAGAUAGAUUCACAGAUCCAGGAACAGGGAACUUAGUAUCUUUCAACGAAUUCGUACUCGGUUUGGAAAUAUUUGAUCCUGAUAGUGUAAUAGUAAAAGAUAUCACAAGCAAAGCACAAAAAUAUGUGACGCUUAGAGAAGCGAUAGAAAGACCGUUGUUAGAUCGGAACGUAGGCUAUAUGGUAGAUCCAAAAAGUGGGAAGAAGAUUCCAUUUUUUGAGGCGAUUCGAUUUGGUUGGAUCGUAGAAAAUCAACCAGAACUGAGGGAAGAUCAGCAGGCAUUGUCUUUGGAUGAUGCUGUUGAAUUUGGCGCAUGUGAUCCUGUGACUGGUGAAGUUCUUGAUCCUACUUCUGGCAUAUCAGUAUCUCUAGCUGCUGCUAUCAAGAAUGAUCUUGUUGAUCCAGAUUCCGUCAGUAUAAGAAAUCCCGCAACUGAUGAAAUUUUGUCUUUGUCUGAAGCAAUUGAAUCCGGUAUUAUUGACCUCACUAAGGAAGUAAUUGUGAAUACUGAAACUAAAGUACAAACAGAUCUAAAGAUGGCCUUCUUGCAAGGUCUGGUGGUUCCUAGACUUCGAAAACCUAUUUCUCUCGAAGCAGUUAUAAACAAAAGUCUCUAUGAACCUGAGAGUGGUAAAAUUCAGGACACUUUUACGAAUCAGUAUAUUGAUGUCGAGGAAGGAGUACGAAGAGGAAUUGUUGACGCAUUUAUCUCCGAGUGUCAAGACACAAAGGCAGGGUCAUUUUUAUCUUUAGAUGAUGCUUUAACAGUCAAGUUAUUAAAUCCAGUUACUGGUCGCCUCCGAGAUACAAAAGCUGGUGAGUUGCUCCCUCUUGAUAAAGCAUUACACAAAGGUUUAAUCAUCACAACACCAUUUAUUCCUUCCUUAAUUGACGUUAUUGUCCAAGAGUAUUAUUCACCGAAGACAGGACUUAUUUUGAAUCCAGUAACUGGAAAUGAAAUGACAGUGGGUGAAGCUUUAUCCUCAGGAUUCGUAGACGGAAGGAUGAUAAAAAUAAAAGAUGAGAGGCAAGAGAAAGCAUUGGCUAUUCAGGAAGCAGAGGAAUUGGGUUUGUUGGAUAUGGAUAAAGGAAUGCUAAACUAUCCUCAUCCAAUGAUGUUGGACCUGGCUUUCGAAAAGGGAUAUAUUUUAAGUACGGUAAAGCCCUGGACUCUGCAAGAAGCUCUAGCACAUCAAAGUUAUGAUCCCAAGACUGGGAUCUUUACGAUCGAUGGUGAGAAUUUCACUUUGGAAGAAGCAAUUGCAAAAGGUCUGAUCAGCCAAGAAAGUUCUUCUAUUAAAGACCCAAGGACGAGUGAUAUCAUAUCAUUAGGAGAUGCAAUCAAACAUGGAUUCAUUGAUCCUAAAAGUGGAACUGCUGUGGAUCCAACAUCUGGUAUUCCUUUGACCUUAAACGAUGCUGUAGAUCGAGGACUCGUUGUUCCAGCGAAUCGCAAAAUAUCUUUGCCUGAAGCAGUUUUUAAAGGAUUUUAUGAUCCCAAGACUGGACAGUUCACCAGUCCAGAAACCCAAGAAAAACUCCCAACGGAUCGGGCGAUUCAGAAGGGAGUUAUUGAUCCAGCGUCUGCUAUCGUGAGAGAUGUCGAUGGUGAAGUAAUCACCUUCCAGAAAGCUAUCAAAGAUAUGAUCGUAGAUCCCAAGGCUGGAACGAUAACAAACAGCAGAGGACAUCCUAUCGAUUUCCGCGAGGCUUUCGAGCAAGGCAUUCUUCUUGAGACAAGAAGACCAAUGAGUUUCAGCGAAGUGAUAUCUAAGGGUAUUUUAGAUGAAAGAAGAGGAACUUUCCUCGAUCCACAAACAGGCAACCAUUUGACAUUGAUCCAAACUAUUCAAAACAAUCUUAUCGACGCAGAUUCUGUCAUUGUUAAAGAUACCAGGUCCGAUUUAUGGAAGAAAAUCACCCUUGUCGAAGCUAUUGAAUCGGGUUACAUUGAUGGUAAGACAGGCCGUGUUAAAGACACAUCAAAAGAUAGAGAAAUUUCCUUGAGUGAAGCCUACGAUACGGGUAUUAUUAUUGAUAAGAAAGCAGCAGUUUCUGUCCAACGAGCUAUUCAUCAGGGUCUGUAUGAAGAAAAAACUGGGAAAAUCAUAGAUCCGAGUACAGGUAGGGGGGUAACUUUGCACGAAGCAAUGAGAAAAUGUAUUAUAAAUCCGGUUUUAGCCUGUUACUGGGAUAAGCGAUCAGAGCGAGUUUUGUCUCUUGCUGAAACUUGCAGAGCUGGGGUAAUUGAUCGAAGAGCUGGAACAUUCAAAGAACCUGGUGCAAACCGUACAAUUUCUCUCGCAACUGCCUUGCAACUUGGAUUGAUCAUUGACAUUGAAAGUGCUGGUUUUAGUUUAUACGAGGCACUUUUAAUGAAUAUGUAUGAUACCUCAAGUGGAAAGUUUGUCCAUCCCUCGACUAACAAAAAACUACUGCUCUCCGAAGCUUGUCAAGAAGAACUUAUCAAUCCACUUACGUCUGUUGUCAAAAAUUCAAAAACUAAUCAGUACAUUCCAUUAUCUGAAGCGAUAUCAACAGGUCUUAUAGACAACAUCCGCGGUACAUACAAUAUUCCGGACUCAUCAGUAGUUAUAAAUCUGCAAGAAGCGAGACAGAAGGGCUUUAUUGUUCCUUUCAUGAAACCUAUUUCGAUAGAAGAGGCUGUGAAGUGCAAUCUGUACCAACCUGAUAGUGGCAAGUUUGUAGAUCCGGUAUCAAAUGAAUUGUACGAUUUACCCCAAGCUAUCGAAAAAAGUUUAAUUGAUCCGGAAACAACAGCUUUGAAGGAUGCGACAACGGGACAGAUCAAGUCACUAUUGGAAGGAAUAGAAGACGGAACUAUUGAAGUUUCAAGAGGUAGAGUUCUUGAUCCUAAAACUAAGAGAACUUAUAAUAUCGCUAUUGCACUGGAACGUGGAUUGCUAGUGACUCUCGAUCAUCCCUUGACCCAGCAGCAAGAGCAGCGAACUUCCAUUGAGUUACAAAAGGCUGCGAUCAAAGAAAAAACGAUCAAAGAAUUCACUUUAGAAGAAGCAAUUAGCUACGAACUUAUCGAUCCGAAAACAUCCGUUGUUAAAGAUCCGAGAACUGGAAGAUUUAUUAGCAUUAGUACAGCGAUAUCCGAUGGCGUCAUCGACCCCACGAGAAGGGGAACUUUCGAGCCCCAGGGAAAAAUAACUCCCCAAAGCGUCAAAUUCGAAGACUUUAGCGUAUUCCUUAGCAAGCCUCUUGCCUUUGAAACGGCAGUGGAAGAAGGACAUUUAGCUUUAGAAACUGGAAGAUUCACCGACCCCAAAACGAAAGAAGUUCUGACUCUGAAAGAAGCAGUCGCUCUCGGAAUGAUCGAUCCCGAUUCCGCUCUGAUCAAAGAUUCAGAGAAGAAGAAGUUAGUCAAACUUGCAGAAGCCUUUAGAAAGGGAAUGAUGGAUGCUGAUAAAGGCAGUGUUUUAGAUACCGCUUCCUCUAAGUUAUACACCUUGUCUAAGGCAGUAGACUCUGGCCUAUUGACGACCCAAAAACAAGGCGUCUCCUUCAUCGAAGCUUUACAAUAUGGACUUUACAAUCCCACAACCGGUAGCUUCCAUGAUCCGUUCGCCGUAACAUCUAUCUUAGACCGGAAACGUUUAACUCUGGUAGAAGCGAUAGACUCGGGCUUAGUAGAUCCGUCCACUACAGUAAUUAAAGAUCCCUCUAGUGGUAGUAUUUUUAGUUUAUUAGAAGCUAUCAAUGAGAACAGGGUAGACGCUGUUGGAGGAAAGUUUGUGGAAGGUACGGAAGAAAAAAGUAUCGACUUCCUCAAGGCCCUGGAGCACGGUUAUGUUGUCGCUGCUGAAGCUAGGCAAGCGGUCGAGGAAAAGUACAAGUUGUGCGACGAACAACUCACAAAACUUCUGCAAUGGAUAUCAGAAGUGGAAGAAAAAUUGGCGAGCCAAGAUGUCGUCAAGGAAGAUAUCGAAGAGCUCAGAAACCAGAUCAAUAUAAUGAAGCAAGUCAAAGAAGAUUUGGACUCCCACACUCGUUCCGUAUCAUCUUGUUUGGAUCAAGUGAGGCAAGUUGUCCUGACUGGAAGUGAUGUCCUCUCCAGUGAUGAAAUAUCCACUUUGGAAAAGAACGGACGUUCCCUGAAAACUCGAUUCGAUAGAGCGUUCGAUCGCACUGACAGACUUCUCAGACGUCUCACUUCUGCAAGAGAUGAGCUCAACAAAUUUAAGAAUGAAGUUUCAUCAUUCUCAAUCUGGCUUGACAAAGCCCGUCGCAUUCUCGAAGACAAGGAGCGUUCCCUCUCGGAUCUGAACAAACUGACCAGCAGCACAGACACUACUCGCGAUUUCAUCAGCGAUGUGAUUGCUCAUCAAGCAGACCUUCGCUUCAUCACCAUGGCAGCUCAGAAGUUUGUCGAUGAGAGCAAAGAGUAUCUCCAGAUUCUGAACGACUUUAGAACCAGUCUUCCUCAGCGUUUGCCACAUAAGGAACCAAUUUCCAGUCAGGAUUCUCCAGUGCGCAGUGAAGUUUCAAUUGUCACUGCUCAGUACAAAGACCUGCUUGCAAGAGCCAAUACUCUCUCCGACAGAUUAUCAGGCGUUGGAGGCAGACAGCGAGAUUACACCGACUCGCUUGAGAAGGCAAAAGCCUGGCUGAGAGAUGUCGAGCCGAAAGUGCACAGAAUUAUAUCUGAACCGAUAUCCGGCGAACCGAAACAAGUCGAGGAUCAACUGAGCAAGGCCAAGGCUUUGAACAACGAAUUCUUGGCUAAUGAGCGUCUGGUCGAGAAUGCUAAAUCCAGUGUUGAAGGACUCUUGCGAUCCUUGGAGGGACAACUGACUCCCACUGAAGCGAGACAAUUAGAAGAACCCGUGAAGAAUUUGGAAGACAAGUACCGACAGUUGAGCAACUCUUUGGCCGACAAGUGCCAGGAAUUAGAAACUGCCCUGGUUAAGAGUCAGGGAGUUCAGGACGCUCUCGAUGGCUUAGUAAUCUGGCUGAACAAUGCCGAGAGUCAAUUCAAGAAUCUCCAGCGACCAGCGAGUCUCCAGAAGGAACGUCUCGAGGAGCAACAGAGUGAACAGCGAGUUCUUCAAGCUGAUUUGGACAGUCAUCGCGCCAGCGUGGAAGCGAUUACAAGCAGCGCUCAAGACCUUCUUCUGAAUUCAAGCAACGCCCGAAUUGCUAAACGCACCGAAGCCAAACUUAAGGACGUGCAGAGUCGAUUUGAGAAGCUGAUGGAGAAAUCUCUUCGUAGAGGCGAAUUCCUCGAUGAAGUCGCUCAAGCUCUGCAUGGCUUUCUGACCGAGAGUGGCAAAUUCGACAGCUGGUAUUCGCACAUGAUCGAGUUGCUUGAAUCCCGAGAUCUCAGUAAACUCGACAUUUCCGAGCAUGAGAGCAAAAUGGCGCAGUUGGUCGACAAACGCGAAGAUCAGCGUGGAAACUUUGAAGAUCUGAUCCGCAAUGGGAAGAACUUGCUCGCAAAGAAGGAAAUCACUGACGCAGCUGGAAUCAGAGACAAGAUCAAGGCUCUCGAGUCACAGUGGAAGGAGUUGAGUAAUCUCUUGGACGAGAAGCAGAGAUUGAGUAAAUCGAGGGCUGAGAGACUUUCCGCUUAUGAAAAAUUGAGGGAUCAGGUUAUUGAUUGGCUGAAUCGUACUGAGAACCGGGUACAGAGACUCCAUCCUGUUGCGGUUGAUUUGGAUAUUUUGAAGAAGCAGAUCGAGGAUCUGAAACCGAUUCAGAAGGAGUACAGAGAUUAUGGAAAUACUGUGGACAAAGUUCACGACCUUGGAAUUGCUUAUGAUAGUUUGUUGAAGGAAAGAGGAGAGAGUCCAACGAGACGUCGUGGAAGUUCUAGUCCCACGAAGCGACCGAGUAUUACUACCCCACUACGCCGAAUGUCACAAGAUGGUCGUUCACCUUCCCCUACUAAGUCAUAUGCAGUUCAAAGUCCGGUCUCUCCAGGUGGCAGCAGCGGAUUUAGCAGCCGACGAUCCAGUCAGGACGGUUUCCACUUGGAAGAGUCAUCCCUGGUGCAACAGCAGCUUUCAGAAAUUAACAAUCGGUAUGGUUUAUUGGGUGUGAGGUUGACCGACAGACAGACGGAGCUGGACAACAUCCGGGAAGAACUGCGCAAACAUCUUGAUAAUUUGAAGACGCUUUCGCAAUUCCUGGACAAGGUUCAACGCCAACUUCCAAAAGAGACAAUUCCAGCGUCCAAGGAUGAAGCAGAUAAAAUGGUCAAGCAGAUCAAGAUUAUCGUCGAGGAGAUGUACGAAAAGCAGUCCUUAUUGGACAGUACAAGAACUCAAGUUCGCGAUCUCGUCCGAAGAAAGAAGGGAGCCGAUGGUGCCGACAGACUCAACGACGAGCUCGAAGAUGUAGCAAGUCGCUGGAAGUCGAUUUCCGACAGAUGCAAGGACAGAAUCAAGUUCUUGGAAGACAUGAAGGAGUUCCACGAUACCCACGAAGCGCUUCACUCAUGGCUGGGUGCCAAAGAAAAAAUGUUAGGUGCCCUCGGACCAAUUUCAUCCGACCCAAGGAUGGUCGCCAGUCAAGUGCAACAAGUGCAAGUUCUGCGAGAAGAAUUCCGAACGCAGCAGCCACAGCUUGACCACUUGGUGCAAGUUGGAGAAAGCAUCCUCUCCCGAAUUUCGACCGACACCGCCGACGGCCAGAAGAUCAGCAACAAAUUACAAAACAUUCUGGAACGCUGGGCUGAUCAGCUCGGAAGAUUGGAUGAACGAGCCCAAAGUUUGGGAGAUGCUGUCGACACUAGUCGUGAAUUUGAUGCUAGUCUUAAUCGUUUACGAGACGCCUUGCAAGGAAUCUCGGACAACUUGGACGAUCUUCCGCUUGACAAGGAUCCCGAGGAACAAUUGCGCAAGAUUGAAAACCUCGAACGUCAGCUCGAAGGUCAGAGACCUCUGCUUGCCGAUGCCGAGGCAGCUGGAGCUCAGUUGUGCGAAGUCCUCAGUGAUCCUGCAUCCAAAUCCGAAAUUCAAGGAAAACUCGCUUCCGUUGAAAAGCUUUACAACAAUCUGCAGAAGAAACUGGACCACAGGAAGGCGGAGAUCGAAGGAAACCUCCGUGAUGGAAGACAAUUCGAAGCCUCUUGCAGCAAAACUCUUGGCUGGCUUGCCGAUGAGCUUGGAAAUAUGUCCGAGAAGUUGCUGGUUUCUGCUGAUCGUGAAAUUCUCCAGCAGCAACUUGACCAUCACGAACCAGUCUACCGAAACGUCAUGGGCAAGGAACACGAGGUUAUCAUGCUUUUGAAUAAAGGGCGCGAUAUUCUCACGAGGUCGCAGAAAACCGAGAACCGAUCUCUUCAGCGCGAUUUGGAUAAGAUGCAGUCACAGUGGGAUCGUUUGAAGAAAGACACUGUCGAGAGACACACGAGAUUGCAAACUUGCCAUGAACACUGCAAGAAGUACUACAGAGCGCAGGAUAUUUUCCUCCCGUGGCUUCGUCAAGCGGAGGACAAACUCGAGGGCUUGAAGCCUGCGUCUUUCAAGCGCAAGGACAUCGAGAAGCAGUUGAAGGAGUUGUCCUCUUUCAGAAACGAGGUCUGGAAACGCUCUGGAGAGUUCGAGAACAACAAGACUCUGGGGGAAACGUUUGUCGGAGCUUGUGAUAUUGAUAAGGAUGUCGUCAAGAAUGAACUCAGUGCCAUGAAGACUCGAUGGGAUAAGUUGAACAAUGAUCUUUUGGAAAGAACCCAGUCGUUGGAGGAUACUGCUAGACAUUUGUCUGACUUCAAUGAAAAUCUGAGGGACUUGCAGCAUAGUUUGCAGAGAUGCGAAGACAAGCUUGCGUCUCAUGAUGCUCUUGGAGGGGCAGCCAAGGAUCCAAAACUUCUUGAUAGAAUAAAGAAUUUGAGAGAAGAAACUGUAAGCUUGAAGAAGCCUCUGCAAGCUGUGCGACUUCAAGCCAACGACUUGGCGAAAGAAGCAGGCGAGCAAGGAAUUGACGCAACCCACUUGCAAGAUGAAGUUGACAAUAUUUCCGACCGCAUUGAUGAUCUCCAGGCAAAACUAGAUGACAGAUGCAAUGAACUUCAGAGCGCAGCAACUGCUGUUGCUCAAUUCACAGACCAUCUCAAGGGCAUCAAUCAAGACCUAGCUAAUCUAGAAAAAGAAUUAGACUCGAUGAAGGCUCCUGGACGAGACAUCAAGACCGUAAGAGGCCAGGUGGAAGAGAUCAACAAAGUAAUCCAAAAGAUCAACAGACUCUCUGACGAUAUCAGCGGUCUUGUCAACUCUGGUGAAAAUCUAGUUGACUCUGGCUUCGCGGCUGAUGCAGUGGCUACCAGAGAUCAAGUCGAGGGUCUCAAGAGACAACUUGGCAAACUUGAUGACCGGUCAAGAAACAGAGAGGAGGAACUGAACGACACCUUAAAUAAACUACAGCAGUUCUAUCAUGCUCACGCCGACGUUAUGGAUGACAUCAAUGACGCGCAAGAUCAAGUCAGGAAGUUCAAGCCUGUCGGCUCAGAAGUCGAUUCCAUCCGCUUACAACAGGACGACUUCAGAGCUCUCAAGUUGCACAAGAUCGAGCCAAUUGCUCGCUCAGUGGACGAAUGCAAUCUCCUUGGUCAGACACUAGUUCAAACCGCAGGUCGGGAUGUUAGCACUAGCAACAUCGAGAAGGAUCUGGACAAGAUGAAUGAACGCUGGAACGAUCUGAAGGAAAAGCUGAACGAAAGGGACAGGAAACUGGACGUGGGCCUUCUCCAGUCGGGCAAAUUUCAAGAAGCUCUUGACGGCUUGGAGAAGUGGCUCACCGACACAGAAGAAAUGGUAGCUAACCAAAAGCCACCUUCAUCAGAUUACAAAGUCGUGAAAGCUCAACUCCAGGAGCAGAAGUUCUUGAAGAAGAUGUUGAUGGAUCGUCAGAACUCAAUGUCUUCUUUGUACAACAUGGGACAAGAGGUUGCAACAGACGCAGACCCGAAGGAGCGUAAAAUUAUCGAAAAACAGCUGACCAAUUUGGUGGGACGAUUCGAUAAAUUGACGGAAGGAGCCGCUGAUCGAAUGGAGGCUCUUGAGCAGGCUAUGGCAGUCGCGAAGGAGUUCCAGGAUAAAUUGGUGCCUCUUGCUAUCUGGUUGGAUAAGACAGAGAAGAAGAUCAAGGACAUGGAACUGGUGCCAACUGAUGAGGAGAAGAUUCAACAGCGAGUCGCCGAACACGAUCUUCUGCACGAUGACAUUCUUUCAAAGAAACCAGGCUUCAGCGAACUCACGGAGAUAGCUAGUCAACUCAUGAGUCUCGUUGGCGAUGAUGAAGCUUCCGCUCUCGCGGAUAAGCUUCAAGAUGUAGCUGAUAGAUAUGCCGCAUUAGUGGAUCGAUCAGAUGCCCUUGGCAAUUUAUUGCAGAGGUCAAGACAAGGUUUGCGACAUUUGGUGCUUACGUAUCAAGAUCUUCAGGCCUGGAUGGAAAGCAUGGAGAGGCGACUUUCCAAGUACCGUGUCUUGGCAGUUCAUACUGAGAAGCUUCUGCAACAGAUGGAAGAUCUCGCUGAUCUCACGGAAGAAGUAUCUUCUCGUCAAACUGAGGUUGACAGCACAACGGAUUCUGGCUUGGAACUUAUGAAGCACAUCUCUAGUGACGAGGCUCUUCAGCUCAAAGACAAACUCGACUCGUUGCAGCGUCGUUACAACGACUUGGUGACUCGUGGAUCCGAUUUGUUGAAACACGCACAAGAAGCAUUGCCCUUGGUGCAACAAUUCCAUGAUAAUCACAACCGUCUCAUGGACUGGAUGCAGGGAGCAGAAGCCGCUUUGCAAUCCGCUGAACCCCGCGAGGAUGAAAUCAUCAGAUUAGAGAUGGAGAUUUCCGAGUACAGGCCCGUCCUUGAUAAAAUCAAUGCCGUGGGACCUCAACUUUGCCAGAUUUCACCCGGGGAAGGUGCUGCCACGAUUGAAGGUUUGGUGACAAGAGACAACAGGAGAUUCGACGCUAUCGCUGAGCAAAUUCAGCGGAAGGCUGAGAGAAUUCAGAUCAGCAAACAACGAUCCACGGAAGUGAUUGGAGACAUUGAUGAACUUCUUGAUUGGUUCAGAGAGGUGGAUAAUCAACUGAGAGAAGCUGAGCCUCCAAGCAGUGAGCCGGAAAUCAUCAGGGUUCAACUGAAGGAGCACAAGGCUCUCAACGACGAUAUCUCUAGUCAAAAGGGACGUGUCCGUGAUGUGAUUUCGACAGCUAAGAAAGUCAUUCGUGAGAAUGCUCAACACGAGGAUACUUCCACGAUCAGAGACAAGAUGGAGGACUUGCGAGAAACAAUGGAAAUCGUCUCGGCUCUAUCAGCUGACAGAUUGGGAGCUUUGGAACAAGCUCUGCCCCUAGCGGAACAUCUGCGAGAUACUCAUCUUGGUCUGAUCAGUUGGCUCGAAGAAGCUGAACAGCAAGUGGCGAUGUUGCCAAUGCCAGCAUUACGUCCAGAUCAAAUCGCAGUUCAACAGGACAAGAAUGAAUUGUUAGUACAGAGCAUCAACGAACACAAACCACUCGUGGAGAAACUGAACAAGACUGGAGAAGCUUUGAUUAAAUUGUGCAAUGACGAAGAAGGGGCCAAGGUGCAGGAUAUUUUGGACAACGACAAUGCUCGUUAUGCAGCCUUACGUGCAGAACUCCGAGCUCGUCAACAGGCUCUUGAGCAAGCUCUCCAGGAAUCCUCUCUCUUCUCAGACAAAUUGGAAGGAAUGCUCCGCGCUCUGACUUCAACAGCCGAUCAAGUCAAUGGAGCUGAACCAAUCAGCGCUCAUCCGCCAAGACUGCGUGAUCAAAUGGAAGAGAAUGCUGCUCUCGCCGAUGACCUGGCUCAAAGAUCCGAGGCGUUCGCCGCGGUCAAGAAGGCUGCCGACGAUGUUAUCAGCAAAGCAGGAAACCGAGCUGAUCCAGCCGUCAAGGACAUCAAGCGCAAGCUGGAGAAGCUCAAUAAAUUGUGGUCCGAUGUUCAGAAAUCGACCAAUGACAGAGGUCUUACUUUAGAUGACACGCUCGCUGUCGCUGAGAAGUUCUGGUCAGAGUUGAACGGAGUGAUGUCUACUUUGCAAGAACUCCAAGAUGCUUUGGCUGGCCAAGCUCCGCCUGCUGCUCAACCUGCUGCUAUUCAACAGCAACAAGUUGCCCUGCAGGAGAUCCGACAGGAGAUUGAUCAGACGAAACCGGAUGUUGAACAAGUGCGGCAGUCUGGUCAGGAGUUGAUGGGACUCUGCGGCGAGCCUGACAAGCCUGAAGUGAGGAAGCACAUUGAGGAUUUGGAUCAAGCUUGGGACAAUGUCACAGCACUUUAUGCAAGACGUGAGGAGAACUUGAUCGAUGCUAUGGAGAAGGCGAUGGAGUUCCACGAAACUUUGCACGAUCUUCUGGAAUUCUUGGGAGAAGCAGAGAAGAAAUUUGCGAAAAUGGGACCGCUUGGUAGCGAUAUUGUCGAGGUGAAGAAACAGAUUCGACAGUUGGCAAACUUCAAGGCUGAAGUGGAUCCUCACAUGGUUAAAGUCGAAGCUCUCAAUAGGAGUCUGACAAGACAAGCUGCUGAACUCACAGAAAGAACAUCAUCCGAGCAAGCACAGGCAAUUAAAGAACCCCUGGGAGCUGUCAAUCGACGCUGGGAUGCGUUGCUGAGAGGAGUUGUCGAAAGACAAAGACUUUUGGAAAACGCUCUUCUUCGUCUUGGUCAAUUCCAACAUGCCCUUGACGAGCUUCUUGUCUGGAUUGACAACACCGACAGAACUCUUGAUGAACUCAAACCAGUGGCUGGCGAUCCUCAGGUCAUAGAAGUUGAGCUAGCGAAGCUAAAGGUUUUGGUCAACGACAUCCAGGCACAUCAAACAAGUGUCGACACUCUCAAUGACGCUGGAAGACAACUCAUCGAAGAUGGAAAAGGCACCGCAGAAGCAUCAACCACUGCCGAAAAACUUGGAACCCUCAAUCGUCGUUGGCGAGAUUUACUCCAGCGUGCCGCUGAUCGUCAAAGGGAAUUGGAAGACGCCUUACGAGAAGCGCAGUCCUUUACUGCCGAGAUUCAAGACCUGCUCUCUUGGUUAGGUGAAGUUGACAACAUGAUCGUCGCCUCGAAACCAGUCGGAGGAUUGCCAGAAACCGCUUCAGAACAACUCGAAAGGUUCAUGGAAGUCUACAACGAGCUGGAACAUAAUAGACCGAAAGUCGAAACUGUACUUCAACAAGGUCAGGAAUAUCUGAAACGCGCCGGAGCUUCGAGUGCUGGAGGAUUGAACCAGAACCUGAGGACUUUGAAGCAAAGGUGGGACAAUGUCACUGCCAGGGCGAGCGACAAGAAGAUCAAGUUGGAAAUCGCCCUCAAGGAAGCGACCGAGUUCCAUGACGCACUCCAAGCGUUUGUUGAUUGGCUCACAAACGCGGAGAAGGUCCUGACGAAUUUGAAACCGGUUUCGAGAGUCAUGGAAACGAUUCUCGGCCAGAUAGAAGAACACAAGGCAUUCCAGAAAGACGUUGGUGUUCAUCGUGAGACAAUGUUGAACCUGGACAAGAAGGGAACUCACUUGAAGUACUUCUCGCAGAAACAGGACGUGAUUCUGAUCAAAAAUCUUUUAAUCAGUGUCCAACACAGAUGGGAACGAGUCGUUUCUAAAUCUGCAGAAAGAACAAGAGCUCUGGAUCAUGGUUACAAGGAAGCUAGAGAGUUCCACGACGCUUGGUCUAAUAUGAUGAACUGGUUGGAAGAUACUGAGAAGACUCUGGAUGACGUUGCAGCUGAUGGACUCGGCGGAAACGAUCCUGAGAAGAUCAAGUCUCGUUUGAAUAAACAUCGCGAGGUACAGAAGGCUCUGAGUUCCAAGCAAGGAACUUAUGACACAACAAUGAAGAACGGUAAAAUCCUCAAGGACAAAGCACCAAAGACAGAUGAACCAGCCUUGCGAGAACUUCUGAACGAACUGAAGAACAAGUGGACGACUGUUUGUGGCAAAUGCGUCGAUCGACAAAGGAAACUGGAAGAGGCUCUUCUCUUCUCUGGUCAGUUCAAGGAUGCGAUUCAAGCUCUGUUGGACUGGCUGCGAAAAACAGAGAAGCAGCUGUCAAAUACUGGUCUGCUCCAUGGAGAUCUCGACACUGUCUCUAACCUCGUCGAGCAGCACAAGAACUUCGAGAGAGAUCUUGAAUCUCGCGCUUCACAAAUGGAUUCUGUGACCAAGACGGGAAGAGAACUUGAAUCUAAAGCAACUUUAGAAGACGCUUCCUUGAUCAGACAACAACUCUCGGAACUGCACAGUCUCUGGAAUACGGUGACUCGUUUGUCUUCCAGCAAGUCUGCUCGAUUGGAAGAGGCACUUCGGGAUGCUGAGCGUUUGCACAAGGCCGUUCAUGUUCUUCUGGAAUGGCUCAGCGAUGCCGAAAUGAAGUUGCGAUUCGCUGGACAGUUCCCUGAAGACGAACAGGAUAGCAGAAAUCAACUGAUGGAUCAUGAGAAGUUCCUCAGGGAAUUGAAGACCAAGGAGGUUGAGAAGGACAGUACUCUUGAAUUGGCGCGUACAAUUCUUGCUAAAGCUCAUCCAGAUGGCGCUGCUGUGAUAAAACACUGGAUCACAAUCAUCCAGUCAAGGUGGGAGGAAGUUUCAACCUGGGCCCACCAGAGGAACCAAAGACUCGAGGAUCACAUGCGAGGACUGCAGGAUCUUGAUAAUCUUCUGGAAGAACUGCUGGCAUGGCUCGAAGGCUUGGAGAAUACUUUGAUCACCUUGGAAGCUGAACCACUGCCAGAUGAUCGUCCAACUUUGGAGAUGCUGAUUGCUGACCACCGCGAAUUUAUGGAAAACACAAGUCGCAGACAAAAUGAAGUCGAUCGGGUCUGCAAGGCUCGUCAGAUCAAGCCCAUCACGAAGGAUAAUCGCAAGAUGUCGAGAUCUAAACCAUCACUUAUCUGUAAGGAUCAUCAUCAAGAUUGUGAUCAUGACCAUCAACCACUUCGUAGGCAAAGCUUCAAGGGAAGUCGAGAUCUAUCCCAGCCGUUGCAACGUGGAAGCCGAGCCAGCCCAGGUCGCGAGAGAACUCCAGAUCCUUCAUUGCCUCAUAUUGGUCCGCGCUUCCCACCGAAAGGAAGCAAAGGGGCAGAGCCUGAAUUCCGAAAUCCAAGAGUCAAACUUCUUUGGGACAGAUGGCGCAAUGUUUGGUUCCUCGCGUGGGAACGUCAACGUCGUCUUCAGGAUAAACUUAACUAUAUCGACGAAUUGGAACGUGUGGCCAACUUUAGUUGGGAAGAUUGGCGUAAGAGGUUCUUGAAAUUCAUGAACCACAAGAAAUCUCGUCUAACGGAUCUUUUCCGCAAGAUGGACAAAAACAACGACGGUCUUAUUCCGCGAGAAGAUUUCAUCCAAGGAAUUAUGAACACCAAAUUCGAUACAUCUCGAUUGGAAAUGGGAGCCGUUGCUGAUCUUUUCGACCGUCAUGGCGAAGGUUUGAUCGACUGGAAGGAAUUCAUAGCAGCUUUGAGACCAGACUGGGAAGAAAGAAAAACUUACCACGACACAGAUAAAAUCCACGAUGAAGUCAAGCGACUCGUCAUGUUGUGCACAUGUAGACAGAAAUUCAGGGUCUUCCAAGUCGGUGAAGGGAAAUACAGGUUUGGCGACAGUCAAAAACUUCGUCUCGUCAGAAUUUUGCGAUCAACAGUCAUGGUUCGUGUUGGUGGUGGCUGGGUUGCUUUAGAUGAAUUCCUAUUGAAGAAUGACCCCUGCCGAGCCAAGGGAAGAACAAAUAUUGAGCUGCGGGAAAACUUCAUAUUGGCGGAUGGUGUUAGCCAGUCUAUGACAGCGUUCAGAUCCAAACCAAGCCCUACUUCGACUCUUCAGCGCACGCAAAUGUCCUCUGCCGGACCAAUCACCAAGGUGAGAGAACGAAGCGCUCGCAGCGUGCCUAUGGGAACAACACGAGCUUCGCGAACAUCUUUAAGUGCAGGAACACCGGAUAGUCUCAGUGACAAUGAGACAUCUUUCAAAACCCCAGUGAGAAAGACAAGUACGUCUUACAGAAGUACACUAACACCAGGUGGAAGUCGACCGUCCAGCAGACCAGCUUCGAGACCAGCUUCAAGGCCUGCGAGUCGACCUGGUAGCAGACCAGCUUCCAGACAGGGCAGUCGAUAUGGAUCUUCACAGUCGCUAGAUAGCACCGAUGAUUCUGGAACACCAAGUCGCAUCCCUAGGAGAACUGUCGGAACAAGUGGCAAUACUCCAACUUCAAGUCGACACAAUAGCGUCUCUGGAAAGAGAUUAGGAACUCCCAUGAAUGGUUCCAGUUCACGGCCGCGUACACCCACAGGACUGAUUAGUCCCGCAAGCGGAUCAGCUUCAAGCCGCUCUAGGAUUCCUGUCUAUGUCGGGCCGGAAAUAAAAUCCCCUCAAUCUACGACCAGCAAUUUUUCGACUCAUUCUACACAAAGCAAUCAUUCUACAAUUUCUACUGACUCCAAUGGGAGCAGCUCUGCCCGCACGAACUCAACAACUAAUAUUCCACUGGCUAUCAAGCACAAUAGAACAAAGACACCAUCCAGUGGAACCAGCACGCCUCUACCUCCGUCAUCGAAGCUGCAGAGGAAACCCUCCGGUGCUUCAGACUCCUCCGUAUCGACGCCCAUUCCACGAAAAGGAAAGCCCACGCCAAUUGAACAGCGGGCGCCUUUCCGAUUAUAACCUACUUAUAAACAUUAUUAAUUCCUUGCGGAAUCCCGAAAUUUAAAAGGGAGAAGAUAGUCACGCUUUGCAUAACUGUACAGUCGAUAAGAUUUUAGACAUAAUCUUUAACGAAUAACACUUAAAAAAAUUCGAUGCUCGAAACAUAAUCGGUAUAAACGUCAGAUUUUCUAUCCAGAUGUAACGCCUUUUGCGCGUUUCAUCGUUGUUACUCUCGUUUCCCACUCAUUCCCUCGUUUUUUCCCAGAAAAAUGUUGUGACGAUUAGGCUGAUCUUACGAUGUAAGUAAAUCUUAAGAACCUAAAUCUUAAGAGACAUUAUUUAUGUAUAAAUACACCGAGGCAUAAUUUAUGAAGAGUACUUUAUAAGAAUCUCGUUAAUUGUACUGAAGAGUUUGUGAGGAUAAUUAUGUAAAAAGAGAAGAAACUAAAGCAGUCACUGCGAGCUUUAUGAAGCAUAUAUUAUUUAUUAUAGAAGCAAAAUAAUUGGACUUAAUCGAGUUUUAUUAGCAUCGUCGCCAAUCAAAUUUCACAGAACCAGUGAAAGAAAAUUUGGCGUUUAAUUGUUUUGAAGAAUUGUUUCAACUCGAAGGCGUAUUUUUACAGUGAAACUGCGAUUAACAAGAAAGGACGAAGUGGUGGAGCAUCGCAGAGCAGUUUUCGCGAAGUCAGUCGGGGGUAAUUUGAACAUCAAAAUUUGACAUCGACUUUGCGGCGAAGGGUCUGCGAGCCUCGGCAGCGUCGUUAAAAUGAUUUAACAAUAUUAAUUUGUUCGAUGCGUAUCGAUAAGUUUAGGUUGCCUAGAUUUACUCAUUUUUAUAAACUGUAAUAUUAUUAAUGCUAGACAUUGUAAGUGUUUAUACUAUAUUUGCAUAUUUAUAGAGUAUUAUUUAAUGCCGUCGUUUUCUCUCCGCUCCUCUCAUUCCUCGGACGGGAAGUCUGAACUAUUUUUUCUUUUCUUUCUCUUUUUGUAUUUAAGAGAGCAAAUGGAUAUCUAAUAUCCACAAAGGCUCGUCGUCAGCUUCUUUCGAGACUUGCUCAAAGGACGAGAUCAGAUCAUGUUGAUGGGGAGCGAAAUUUUGUCAGAGGGAAGAGAAUGUUUUUCUGUAAAUAUUGGUUGAUUCUCUUACCCAUUGCGUCCCUUGCCUUGUUUAAAACUUUCGUCCGGCGGUGAUGAGUACAACUUGUACCGCGGAAAGAUAUACGAAAAAUCAAACUUAGGCUUACGUUUGUACGGCACAAAACUUGUAACGGUUGUUUUUGUUUGACGUUCGUUUGUAAUUCCAUGGAUAGCGUGGAUUCCUGUGUGUUAUGAUGAUACAACGUACAAGGCUCUUUAGGUAGACUAUGCUUUGUUAAGGCCUCGUCAGGUCUCGCAUCAAGCCCAUAAAAAGACAUUUCCAUUUUUUUUUACAUUAAAAUGCAAUUAAUGUAACUUGACGGAAAAACUCUCCGUAAUGUAAUAAUCUAAUGUGAUUAAUGUAUUAACAAACUACACGAUAAUUUCUUUUUGUUUUCGCCUCUGUAAAAUUCUGUAUCGUCGCUAAUAAUGCUGUGAAGAAAUAUACAUAUAUAUGUGUGUAUAUAUACGCAUGUAUGCAAAUAUAUAUAUCUAUAUUGACAAAUAAA